GCAUAUUUGUAGAAAAGGAGGAUGCCGUACUUGUAGAAACGGAAAAUGUUGUAUAUAAGAAAAGCGAAAGUGUAGAAGUUGAGAAAAAUGGAAGUGUAGAGUUUGAGGAAAAUGAAAAAGCCGUGUUUAAAGAAUAUGAAGAGACCGCAUUUGAAAAAAAAAAAUGCUAUGCUUGA